AUGUGCUCUAGUGGAUGUUGCUCUACUGGAUGCUGCUCCGUCGUGAAGAGCAAAACGGUGUGCUGCAGCCAGCCGUGCCAGAGGACCAUCUGCUGCGACCCGUGCCAGAAGACCAAGCCCUGCUGUGACCCGUGCCAGCAGUCCAUCUGCUGUGACCCGUGCCAGAAGCCCUGCUGUGACCCCUGCCAGCAGUCCAUCUGCUGUGACCCAUGCCAGCAGUCCUGCUGUGACCCGUGCCAGAAGCCCUGCUGUGACCCAUGCCAGCAGUCCGUCUGCUGUGACCCAUGCCAGCAGUCCUGCUGUGACCCGUGCCAGAAGCCCUGCUGUGACCCAUGCCAGCAGUCCUGCUGUGACCCGUGCCAGAAGCCCUGCUGUGACCCAUGCCAGCAGUCCUGCUGUGACCCAUGCCAGAAGCCCUGCUGUGACCCCUGCCAGCAGUCCUCUUGUGACCCAUGCCAGAAGCCCUGCUGUGACCCAUGCCAGCAGUCCUGCUGUGACCCAUGCCAGAAGCCCUGCUGUGACCCAUGCCAGCAGUCCUGUUGUGACCCGUGCCAGAAGCCCUGCUGUGACCCGUGCCAGCAGUCCUGUUGUGACCCAUGCCAGAAGCCCUGCUGUGACCCAUGCCAGCAGGCCGUCUGCUGUACCAAGGUGUGCCAGAAGUCCUGCUGCUGCUGUGGCCAGCGACCCUGCUGCUGCUGUGGCUGCCGGCCCUGCUGCUGCUCUGGAUGUCUGUCUUGCUGCUCCUACGUGGUGAAGAAGAAGCCCGUUAUGGUGUGUUGCAGCCCUGUGCAAUACUGCUCUCCCAUGAGGAAGUAUUGCAUACCCAUCCAGCAGUGCUGCACCACAAUCAAGAAGGGUUGCUGA